UUGUACCGAUAUUAGCCUAACUCAUGUUAAGAUCUCUUGAAGACAUUUUGUCCCUUUCUGUGUUUGUCUACCUUGUAGAUUCAGUUUUUCGUCCGUUAUUUGAGAAAACGUCUCAGAGCACAGACUGCGCAGCUCACACGUGUUCCAGUUAAUCCGGCCAGGCAGCUUAUUUGGUAUUCGCCUCUCCUCUCUUGACUCGAAGCCCUUGUGAGAACGAAUAACUCCCUCCAUCGGAAAAUAUAACGGUAACUUCGGGGAGGGAAAGAGGCGUUGAAACCAUGAAACUCCACAGUCUCCGUAUUUUUCUGCCUUUCCUUUUGGUCUGCACUGUCUGCAUAGUAAGUGGAGACUACUGUGAGGUGAACCAGUGCCAUAAUGGAGCCACCUGUGUGACCGGCAUCGGAGAGGAACCCUUCCUCUGCAUCUGUGCUGACGGCUUCACAGGGAACACCUGCAACGUCACAGAGAAUGGGCCCUGCAUUCCCAACCCCUGCCAGAACGACGGGGUGUGUGAGGUGGUCACCAACACCAGGCGCGGGGACGUCUUCAACGAGUAUUUCUGCAAGUGCCAGCCCGGGUUCGAGGGCCCGCACUGCCAGAUCAAUGUGAAUGACUGUGCUGAGGAGCCCUGUAAGAAUGGCGGCUUGUGUAGAGAUCUGGACGGAGACUACGCCUGCCUGUGCCACUCUCCAUAUGUGGGCAAACAGUGCCAAGUCCGUUGUACGUCUCUGCUGGGGAUGGAGGGCGGCUCCGUAGACGAGUCUCAGAUCACGUCGUCCUCCGUCAACUCUGGCAUCCUGGGCCUGCAGCGCUGGGGUCCGGAGCUCGCCCGCCUCAACAACCAGGGCAUCGUCAACGCCUGGUCCUCCGCCCCUCUCGACAAGAACCCCUGGAUCGAGAUUGACCUGCAGAAGAAGAUGCGUCUCACUGGCAUCAUUACCCAGGGGGCUAGUCGCAUGGGAGCGGCUGAGUAUGUCAAGGCCUUCAAGAUGGCGUACAGCUUCGACGGGAAGACCUACGUCACCUUCAGAACCUUUGGCCAGAAGAAGGACAAGGUGUUUGUGGGUAACGUGGAUAAUGACGGAACCAAGACCAACAUGUUCGACCCCCCCAUCGUGGCUCAGUACAUUCGUGUUGUACCCUUGAUCUGUCGCAAGGCCUGCACUCUGCGUAUGGAGCUGAUUGGCUGUGAGCUCAAUGUGUACUCUAAUACAGCCGGAUGCUCAAGUCCCCUUGGCAUGAAGUCCCGUCUGAUCUCUGACGAGAAGCUGUCGGCCUCUAGUGCUUUCCGCACCUGGGGGCUGGACGCCUUCACCUGGCUGCCCCUAUACGCCCGUCUAGACAAACAGGGCAAGACCAAUGCCUGGUCUGCAGCCAGCAACAAUCGCUCAGAGUGGCUUCAGGUGGACCUGGACAGCCCAAAGCGCGUCACAGGCAUCAUCACUCAGGGGGCAAAGGACUUUGGGGUCGUCCAGUUCGUCUCGGCCUUCAAAGUUGCAUACAGUGAUGACGGCUUCUCUUGGCAGUUGCUGAAGGAUCCCACCACCAGGACAGACAAGAUAUUCCAAGGCAACGUCGACAACAACACGCACAAGAAGAACAUGUUCGACCCUCCAUUUUACGCCCGCUUCGUGCGCUUCCUGCCCUGGGAGUGGAACGAGCGCAUCACCGUCCGCAUAGAGCUGCUGGGCUGUGACGAGUAGUGGCCUUCCUUCUGCUCCCCCCCCCCCCCCCCCAGCACUUCCUGAACUCACACCAGGCUGGAUUCACGCACAGACCACAUUGAGAGUGGGCCCUUCACAACCAGUUCCACGCGGUCUCACGGCCUCCUCUAAGAUCCUCUCAGCAGCUUGGUAGAUUGGUCAUGAUGAGUUUCACGAUGACGGGGGAACAAAUGAUGAUGAUAGAUAAUGUGUCGGAAUUAUGCUUUACUUAAAUUUUAGGGGCAAGCAUGUACAGACUUUUAAAGUGCUCCCCUGGCUCUGUAAUGACUUACAACAGGUUUAGCGUUUGUCUGAUUUCUACAUGAAUGCUAUCUUUUUAGGCUGACACAUGAAGACAAAUCUGCACUGACAAAACAAGUUUCAGUGUGAAGCCAGCCUUAGCAGGGAGCUCCCUUCGAGCAAUUUCACAGCAUAGUUAACUGUCGAAGCUCCGUUUUUUUCUAGACUUAACUGACCUAUCUAUUGCUUACUGCACUGCUCUCGGUAAUGAGAUCCACUGGAUACUCCUUCCUUUUUGACAUUAGCUUUGCAUUAUGUUCUUAGGCUGUGUUUAAUAGGCUUUUUGUCAGUUUUCCUUAUUCACAUUGAUCUUGACCUAACAUUGUACAAAAAUGUGUUACGCCUUUUUUUCUGUCAUAAAGUUGUCAUUUUUGUUAUUUAGUGGUAUUAAGUUGUGGAUUCUUGAACUUGUAUCAGUUACUUGAUGUGGAUUUCAGAUGUAUAAUAAAUUAUGGACCAUUUAGAUUGACUUUAA